ACUUUCAAAACCUGUCAAAAUUAAGAUGUAUGCUAAAUGUCUUCGAGGGUGUAAAAAGGUCUUCCUAUUAAAAUUUAAAAUGGUUUUUUUUCGUCGUUGUUGAAUUUAUCCUUUUUUUCGGAAAUCCUUAAAAAAUAUCUGUAAAAAAUCCAACCAAAGGCGGCUGUGGGGGUCCAGUUGGGUUGGGUUGGGUGCCUGAUAUAUUUAGUUUAUUUUUUAUAUUCUCUUAGCUUAAUAUUUGCUUCGUAUGGCUGCUUUGGGCCAUGUUACGGCGGGCCGCCGCUCCUACACAGAUGAUUACACAGAGCUCAACGAUGAGCAGCUUCGUCGGCGUAACAUUCUAAGGCGUGUGGGCACGUUUGUCAAGAUAACAGUAUUUGUAAUCCUCUGGCUAUACUUUACAAUAUUCCUGAUCAAGACAACACCGCACGAGCCACAUGAUUUGAUUGUGCCCCUACAGUCACAAAAGGCGCAUCUGUCAAGGCUACGAGAAAAACCGAAAGGCGAUCAAAUCACCAUAACAUUAUCAGGUCCCGUCGAUGAGGCUUGCACAAAUAAUCCAAAAAUCGCAACCGAAACCCAGCCCCGCAUCAUUGUGACAGUGGAGAGGUUUGAUCAAUCGGCAAACAAGUCCGCUUGGAAAUCAGAUGAGUGGCAAGUCUAUUUGUUCGAUCCCGCCAGCACGAAUGUCGGCAAAGUUAAGAAGUAUUUCACCUUGGAGGGGUGCUCCAGUAUCAGGCAAUUCAAUUUAUUUGGACGCAGCGCGCAGAUGAGAAGCGAUUUCAGCAAUCUGCAGGUAUCGCUAUUGAAUCUUCAUAAGGACCCAAUGGCAUUAUAUCUGACCAUUAACGCGAAUCCGAUGAACGCAAAUGUGGGCGUAGUGUGCGGGAUAUUGCUAUUGAUUUUCCUCUAUGUGCUCAUCAUUUGGGAUAUUACGGAUCGGACACUGGCCGCCCUCCUGGUGGCAACAGCUGCCAUUGGAGUGCUCAGCAUGCUGGAUGCUAAGCCGGAACUGAGUACGAUAGUCUCGUGGAUCGAUAUGGAGACCCUAAUGCUACUCUUUGCCAUGAUGAUAAUGGUUUCCAUGCUCGCCGAGACAGGCGUUUUUGAUUUUCUGUCCGUCUAUGCGUAUCAGAUGUCAAAGGGUAACGUUUGGAUGCUCCUGUUCUAUUUGUGCAUGUUCACAGGCUUUCUUUCGGCAUUUCUGGACAAUGUGACGAUGGUAUUGUUAAUGGUGCCAGUUACGAUACGUCUAUGUGAAUCGUUGGCAUUGAGCACCACUGUGGUGCUAAUUAGCAUUGCGAUCUUCGCCAAUAUUGGUGGCACACUGACCCCAGUCGGGGAUCCACCCAAUGUGGUUGUUGCCACCGAUCCGUAUGCGCAGACACAUGGCAUGGAUUUUGGUAAUUUUAUACUGCAUAUGUUUCCCGGUGUCAUUCUGUCCAUGAUGCUUGGUUUCCUUCUUCUGUAUUUUAUGAUAAGCUUCAGAAACAGGCAAGUAGGUUGGGUAACGCCGAUACCCAAAUGUCCCAAAAUGUGACGAAGCGCAUUGAAGCGCUGCUGGAGCGAUUAAAAAAUCAGGAUAACUCAGAGAAAGUCGACUUUCAGAAAACACUAUCGGAUAUGAAGGC